AUGGCUGCUGCGAAUCCAGCACAACUGCUCCUAGGUGAACUGACGUGUGUGGUGUGUCUAGAUUAUUUUAAAGAUCCAGUGUCUCUAGAUUGUGGGCACCAUUUCUGCCAGGCCUGCAUCACUCGGUGCUGGGAGGAAUUGAGUGCAGACUUCCCCUGUCCUGAGUGCAGAGAAACCUUCUCCCGGAGAAACCUCAAACCAAACAGACAGCUGAGGAAUAUUGUAGAAGCUUCCAGAACACUUACACUGAAGUCAGCAAAAGAACCAGAAGUUGGGACAGUGUGUGAAAAACACAACGAGGAUUUAAAAGUCUUCUGCCAAGAGGAUCAAACACCCAUUUGUGUGGUUUGCCACCUGUCCCGAGAUCACAGAGAUCACACGGUGGUUCCCAUAGAGGAGGCUGCUGAGGAUUACAAGGACCAAAUUUGGAGCCGUUUGGAGAGUUUGAAGAAAGAGAGAGAGGAGAUUCUGUCAUUUAAACUGAGUGGGGAAGAUAAAAGCCCUGAACUGCUGAAACAACUAGAAACUGAGAAGCAGAAGAUUGUGGCUGAAUUUCAGCAACUGCGCCAGUUUCUGGAGGGACAAGAGCGACUCCGGCUGGCCCAGCUGGAAUUGCUGAAGAAGGAAAUUGAAAAGGGGAGGGCUGAGUAUGUUGCCAAACUAUCUUUCAGUUCCCUGAUCAGUGAGAUGGAGCAGAAGUGCCAGCUGCCAGCGAGUGAAUUCCUGCAGGACAUCAAAGGCACCUUGAGCAAAUGCGAGAGGGAGAAGUUUCAGAACCCAGUGGCCUUUUCUUCUGAACUGAAAUGGAGAAUCUGGGAAUCUUCUCAAAGAAAUGCAUCUCUGGGGACCAGAAUGAAGGAAUUCAAAGACUCACUCUCGUCCAGACAGCGGUUGGACAAAGCGAACGUGACUCUGGAUCCAGAUACGGCCCAUGCCCAACUCAUCCUGUCUGCGGAUCGGGAAAGUGUGAGAUGGGAACACACACGGCAGGACCUGCCCGACAACCCUGAGAGAUUUGACACUACGUGCUGUGUGCUGGGCUGUGAGGGAUUCACCUCGGGCCGACACUACUGGGAGGUGGAGGUGGAGGUGAAGGGGAGGAGGGGACACUGUGCUGUGGGGGUGGCCAGAGAGUCUAUGAGCAGGAAGGGAGAGAUCAGCCCUAACCCUGAGCAGGGGAUCUGGGCUGUGCGGUGCAGGGAGGAUCACUACCGGGCUGACACAUCCCCUGAGCAGCGCAUCCCCUUCCCCCCGAGCCGGGCGCCCCGCAGGAUCCGGGUGUAUCUGGACUAUGAAGGGGGGCAGGUGGCGUUUUUCGAUGCUGGUACCUGGGACCCGAUCUUCACUUUCCCGCCAGCCUCUUUCGCCGGGGAGAGAAUCCGCCCGUUCUUCCGGGUUAGGGCUCGUGUCCCGGUCUUCUGGCCUGGUUCUAGUCUGCGGCUCACCCUGUGUCCCUGAGGUGCCCUGUCUGUUCCCACGAAACAGGCUGUGACGUUAUUGAUAUAAAUUGGGACCAUAUAGAACAUGGGUUGCAACCAAGGUC